AUGGUUAAGAAAGUGCUUGUUUUAGGGUCUGGGUUCGUGGCAAAGCCUGUCGUAGAUGUGCUGGACAGCACCGACGGGAUUGAGGUGACUGUUGGAUGCCGUACACUGGCCAAAGCAAAAGCGCUAACUGCGGGGACAGCCGCGAGCGCGAUAUCAGUGGACGCCAGCGACAGCGAGGGACUGGACGCAGCAGUGGGUGAGCACGAUGUGGUGGUGUCUCUGAUCCCCUACAUCCACCAUGCGGACGUCGUGCGCGCGGCAAUCCGUCAGCGGAAGCACGUUGUGACGACAUCGUACAUCUCGCCUGCGCUGCGGGCGCUGGAGCCGGAAAUCAAGGCAGCGGGUAUCACCGUGAUGAACGAAAUAGGGCUGGACCCCGGUAUUGACCACUUGUACGCCGUGAAGAUUAUUGACGAGGUUCAUCGCGCGGGUGGCAAGAUCAACUCGUUUCUGUCGUACUGCGGCGGGCUUCCUGCCCCUGAGGAUUCUGACAACCCACUGGGCUACAAGUUCUCAUGGUCCGCGCGUGGGCUGCUCUUGGCGCUAAAGAACCAGGCCCAGUUUUGGAAGGAUGGCUCGAAGCAGGUCGUGAAGUCGGAGGACUUGAUGGCCUCUGCAGAGCCCUACUUUAUCAUGCCCGGAUAUGCCUUUGUGUGCUACCCCAACCGUGACUCGACAGUGUUCCGCGACCUCUACGGGAUACCCGAAGCCAAAACUGUAAUUCGCGGUACGCUGCGCUACCAGGGCUUCCCCGAAUUCGUCAAGGUGCUUGUGGACAUGGGGCUGCUCAAGGAGGAGCCACACAGUGCUUUUACACAGGCACAGCCCUGGUCUGCAGCGCUCGCGGCCUACCUUGGCGCCAAGUCCGCGUCACAGGAGCACCUUGUUGCUGCGAUAGACGCCAGGACGUCGUGGAAAUCGCAAGCCGACAGAGAGCGGAUUAUCGCGGGCUUAUCGUGGCUAGGCCUCUUGAGCGAUGAGCUCAUCGCCCCUGCAGGAAAUCCGCUCGAUGCACUAUGCGCAUCUUUGGAACAGCGUAUGCAAUACGAGGAGGGAGAGCGUGACAUGGUAUGCCUGCAACACAAGUUUGAUAUUGAAUGGGCCGACGGUUCAACGGAGACCCGGACUGCUACUCUUAUCGACUAUGGACGUCCUUCUGGCUACUCGUCUAUGGCUGCAACAGUCGGCUACCCGUGUGCAAUUGCCACAAGGCUUGUGCUUGAAGGCGCCAUUAGUGGGCCAGGACUCAUUGCACCGUAUACCCCAGAAGUGAUUGAACCAAUUAUGCGUGAAUUAAAAGACAAAUAUGGUAUAUACAUGAAGGAGAAGACUACUUGA